GGUGACUUAGAGCCUAUUUGGGGAGCUUUAAAUUCUGAGAAGCAGAUAUUUGGUAGCCAGUUUCUGAGAAUCUGGAAAAGCACUAAAACCCAGAUUCUCCAGCUUUUGGCUUCUUAGUUUAUUUUUCAGAAUAUGUAACUACAUAUUCUCAGAAGCUGUGGACUGUUUGGGGCAGUUUCUAGCAGAAGAAGCUCCCCAAACAGGGCCUUAGUCCUGGACUCCUUGUUCUUAUAUAAGCCCAUGCCUCGAGUCUCGAUUUGUAUAGUGUGAUUUGGGGAAGAGGAAGAUAAUCACGGUCACUAAUCCUCUCAUUAGCUAACUAACAGUAGUCAUAAUAAUCAUGGGAAGGCUAGUGGCAACACUAGUGCUCGUGAUGUGCUCGGCGGCGUGUUCGCUCGCGCGCGCGCACGGCGGCGGCCUCCGGCGAGGUGUAGAGCGUGCCAACAUGCGCGGCCGCCUCCUCGCCGACGCGGCGGUGGCAGGAGGCGGCGGCGGCGUCGUGCCGAUCUACUGGUCCCAGCCGCUCUACAUGGCGAACCUCACCAUCGGCACGCCGCCGCAGCCGGCGUCGGCGAUCAUCCACCUCGCCGGGGAGUUCGUCUGGACGCAGUGCUCGCCGUGCCGCCGCUGCUUCAAGCAGGAUCUUCCCCUGUUCAACCGGUCCGCGUCGUCCACCUACCGGCCGGAGCCGUGCGGCACGGCCCUGUGCGAGUCCGUCCCGGCGAGCACCUGCUCCGGCGACGGCGUGUGCAGCUACGAGGUGGAAACCAUGUUCGGGGACACGUCCGGGAUCGGCGGCACCGACACCUUCGCCAUCGGGACGGCCACGGCGAGCCUCGCCUUCGGGUGCGCCAUGGACAGCAACAUCAAGCAACUGCUGGGAGCUUCCGGGGUCGUCGGGCUAGGGAGGACGCCGUGGUCGCUCGUCGGGCAGAUGAACGCCACGGCGUUCUCCUACUGCCUCGCGCCGCACGGCGCGGCCGGGAAGAAGAGCGCGCUGCUCCUCGGCGCCUCCGCGAAGCUCGCCGGCGGCAAGAGCGCCGCCACGACGCCGCUCGUCAACACCUCCGACGACUCCUCCGAUUACAUGAUCCAUCUGGAAGGGAUCAAAUUCGGCGACGUGAUAAUCGCGCCGCCUCCGAACGGCAGCGUCGUCCUGGUCGACACCAUCUUUGGGGUGAGCUUCCUGGUCGACGCCGCGUUCCAGGCCAUCAAGAAGGCGGUGACGGUCGCCGUCGGCGCGGCGCCGAUGGCGACGCCGACGAAACCGUUCGAUCUCUGCUUCCCGAAAGCAGCUGCGGCGGCGGGGGCCAACAGCAGCUUGCCGUUGCCGGACGUCGUGCUCACGUUCCAGGGCGCCGCCGCGUUGACGGUGCCGCCGUCGAAGUACAUGUACGACGCCGGGAACGGCACGGUGUGCCUCGCCAUGAUGAGCUCGGCGAUGCUGAACCUGACGACGGAGCUGAGCAUCCUGGGAAGAUUGCAUCAGGAGAACAUCCACUUCCUCUUCGACCUCGACAAGGAGACGCUCUCCUUCGAACCAGCGGAUUGCAGCUCACUCUCCUAAUCAAUGGCUGCUGCUGCUUCUUCUCUCAGGAAGAAGUUCGUGUGCUUAGCUAGUAAUAGUUGGUGUGUGCUUUUGUGGACUUUUUAUGCUGUGACUGCUUUAGUAAUCGGUGUGUGCUCCUGUUUUUAUUAGAUCUUGUGUUUUCAUGUCUCGUUGAAUUGAUGUAAUAAUUAACUGUAGCCUUUGAGUAAGGGCCGGGAUUCUAUCUCAUUACCUAAAAAGUUUUUAGCUAGUAACAGUAGUUAGCUUUGCUGUUCAAAUUGGCCAUAUAUUCAUGCUUAUUGUCAGAAUAACGCUGCCAGUGCCAGUCGGAAUGAGCUGCGGCAUGCUUAUUUUUGCUCUCCA